CAAAAUGUUUCUUCGUAAACUAGAUUAAAUAUUCUAAACUCUUCCGGACAAGCAGAUUCAUUCAUUUCAAUUUAUUUAUUAUCAUCUCUUUUAUGUAGUAUCAUCACCUUAAUUUAUUGAAAUCCAUAUCCAAUACUACUGAAAUCAACAAACCGUAAAGUAAAAAUUGAUUAUUAUGACUCGGAAGUUAAUGUUUCUUUAUUUGUUCACAGCAGUCCCAGUGAAAGGAUUUGAAUUAGGAUGAAUCGUCUGAAGCAAAAAAGGUCGACAUAUUUUUGUCCCAGGUUACAGUCCACACAACUAUAGCUGAGUCGGAUUGUUGUGUGCAUGUGUUACGUAAACCGACAUAUUUUUGUCCCAGGUUGCAAUCCAGACAGCUCAAGCUGGGAAGAAUUUUGUGUGCAUGAAUUUAAGAAUGUAUGACUUAAAGCGGCUUCAGAUGGACAACACCCGUUUAAAUUAAUUUAAUAAUACAUUGCACAGCGUUAAACAACGGAUAUUACCACAUUAUCUUCAUCGAUUUUGAAAUGGUUGAAUAUGUAUUUCCAUUGAUAUGUUUCCAGACUGAUUCACUGACGGAUUAUUUAUUGAUUAGCUAUACAAAGGAAAUACAGACUAGAAAAUAUGCAGUUCAAAAUUACUUGAUUCAAACCCAAGCAUCAGGUAUCAUUUCAAGAAACUACAAUGAUGACGUCUAAUGCGAAACGACAAAUUCCAGAGCUGCUUGCAUCUUUGGGAAACAGUGGAGUUUCAUCACAUAACUUGCCACUGUCACAUUCAAUAUGUUGUAAGCUGUGCCUUGGUAUAUUCAAUCAUCCAAAAAUUUUGCCUUGUCUUCAUAGUUUUUGUCUUGGUUGUUUACAAGCUUAUAUUCACAAAUCACCCGAAAACAUCCAAGAGCGAAAGCUUAUUUGUCCAAUAUGUCAGGAAGGUAACACAUUACCGGGAACAGGAUUGAAAGGUCUUCUCGAUAACAAAGUAAUAGAACAUUCUAUCGCCAGUAAUGUGCCGACAUUAUUUCUGCGUAGGAAACAAGAACCACUCUUUCCAGGCUUGUACUCCGAUUCAGAAGAUAGCUAUGAAGUUUUAGUAAAGAAAGCAAAUCCAAAGACAAAUAACGAAGAUGACGUUUAUGAUGAAUAUUCAGAUACUGAAAAUAUACAAUGGCAGAACUUCAUUCAGCGUCAGAAAUCGGCCGACUUUGAAACAACUGAUUGUGAUAUUAAGAAACCUAUUAAUAUAUCGGAAGCUUUAAAGGGUCUUUCUGAUGAAGAGAGAUUGGAAAGACUGACGAAUAGCUUGAAGAAUACAUUCAGCUUCUCACAAGCUUUACAGGAGCACGAAUUUAUUUUAGACAAUGAAGUCCGAGCACUGAGAACACCAUCGUCUUCCUCCGAAUAUUCUUUUACACAGCGAGACUUUUUGCAAGAUCAACUAUCAUGUUUACAAACAGAGGCCAUGAAUAUCAUCUAUCGUUUGGAUGGUAUAAAAACUUCCGGUGAUACAUGGGAGAGAAGCAGAGUAAGGAUUGAACAACAAAUUCAUACUCAAAUAGAGCAACUGAUCAACACGAUACGCCAGGCAGAAAGAAAAUUACUGAAUCAAAUUGAUUCUUAUGGUGAACAUCACGCCUCAAUUAAUCCUGUUUCUGAAGGCAGGCAACAAUUGCAAUCGCUUUUGAAAAAUAUCCUUGGUGUGAUAGACUUCAUUCGACUGGUUUUAAACUACGGCUGUGGCAGAGGAAUAGAACAAUAUGAAAAACUCGUUGCUAAUCGUUGUGAACAGAUUUUAAGCAAAACAGUUGCUGUAGAGAAAACAGAAGUGUCAUUUGCACCUGGGCAAAUACUUGAAGAGGAGUUAGAUAAACUUUUAGGGUUUUUGACAUUUACCACUACCCAUGAUGAAAUAUGGAAGUUUAGAGAUAAUGAAACAAAGGAUGAAAGUAUUGCGACAACAGAUUCUGCAAUAGGCGACUUGAAGCAUGAAAAUGAUGUGCACCAAGAAAGAAAUUUACCUCCAAGUUUUUCUCGCGAAUUCCUUCAAAAUGAAAAUUUACUAUUAGAAAAUGGUCAACCGUUCACUCCAGAUUCAUUGACUGAUGAUCAGGAACAACAGCGACUUACAGUUGAUCAACUUAUUCAUAAAUUCUCUACUGAAUUCGGAAUGCGGUAUAACGAAAUAUUACCAGAUGAUAAUAGUUCUACUCCAAUGACAAGCAGCAUGACAUCAGAAAACCCGACGCAUUCUCCAAUACCAGAGGAAUCGAAUGGCAACGGCAUCGAAUCAGAAAUCCAGUCAGUAAAAACACGACACCGUCCAAGAAGUACGAAACGACGUCAUUCUGUAAGUGAUGUUCAGCAAGAUUUGGCACACUCUAGAAUAGAUUUGUCUGAUAACCGCUACAGAGGUUUAAUUCGAGACAGAAAAUCAUCAGUUCCAUAUUGUGAUAUUAUGACAAAAACAUUAAAUGAACGACCACUAUCAAACGAUCUCGAGCAAACGAAGCGCAUUCUUGCUCUUUGCAAACGUCAGCUUCUAGAAGCAAAAAGUAUGGGAAUAUACAAAAAUAGAGCUGGAACUUCUCCACACUCAUCUGUUACUUCACCAGAAAGUAAAAUGACUCGUUCAUUGUCUGUGUCACACGAAAACACACCUCCUGUGUCUUCCUCUGAACAUAAACUUCCUCGAUCUAGAUCUAUAUCGCAUGAUCGUUCACCAUUGUCUUCCCCUGAACAUACAAGGAUGGCACGUUCUAUGUCACGUGACUAUGUUCAGAGCAUACGGAAACGACUUGGGAUGGAAAAACCAGCCGGUUCAGAAUAUGAUUUAUAAUGCUGACUUACGAGUAAGCCAGUCAGCCUUUCUGAAAUGGUUAUUUAAACACUAAGCAGAACUUUAUAUAUAGGUUUAACCGAUUAUUGUGAAAUUAUUCCACCUCAGUCCGAUUCAUAUAACAUUUUGUGCUCAGCUCAAAUAUAUUCUAACUUGCAAUGUUAGAUGAGAAAAUCCAAUUAUAUUUGUCAUACUGUAUUAUAAUGUAAUAUGUGUAAUAUUGCUUGCUGAAAGAGCUACAUAUAUUACAUACUAGUAUACAAGUAUUCAUCAAAGAUGUCGAGUUUAUAAAUAUUUUGCUAAGUUAAUAAUGUUCUAAGCACAUUUGCUGCAGCAUGUUAUUAUAAAUACAUAGCUUCCAUGAUAAUCUUACCAAAUAAAUAAGACAUCAUAUUCUAGGAUACUUUAUAUUUAGGACACAUGCAAUUAUAGUUCUUGCUUUACACUAAAGAUCUAGCGUAAAUGAUAUUUUAAUACUUCGUCGGUUUAUUGAGAUAUAAUAUACACAAUGAGUCAGUCUCAAUUACAUAGCAGGGUUGUAAUAUUUGAGACUUAUCAACAAAGAGGGGCGAAAGAUACCAGAGGGAAAGUCAAACUCAAUAUAGAGUUAAUAUAUUUACACUGUAGUUGCUAUUAGAUAAAAGUUGUAACCUCUGCUUGAAUAUAACUACGUCAAUGGUGUGUGAAAGGGUAAAAAAAAGUAC